CACGGCUGUUGCCCCUAGCUCUUGUACCCUUGCCCGAAAUUGUUGUAAACGAGUACCCACCCCCCUGCCACAACACGCAUUAUUCUCUCUUCUUGCGCUCUCCCCCUUCUCCUUAGUCGCCCACCGUGAUGAUGACGACGACGACCAAGGCACGCAGCUCAGGUGCUGCUGUGAUGAUGGCUGCAACCUGUGUUGUGCUGGCGAUCGUCGGCAUCUCGCUGAUCCCAAUGUCGGCAGCCACGACCGUCUGUGAUGAGACCACCCUCGAAGCAACCUUUGGCCGCAUGCCUCCCUUUAUGGCCCACAACUGCAGUAGUGUCGAAGCGAACGCCGUCUGCGUUGUGUCGUGCAAUGCAACACAGCAUGUUGCGGGCGCAUCCACAACCCUCACAUGCCACACCACCACCCACUUUCUGGGCCAGCUUCCGUUGUGCCAAGAGAAGCGCCCACGCAUCGAGGCGAUGGAUGCUUCCUUUCGCCUGGCCGUGUAUGACAACGACGUCGUGGAAGUUGCGUAUUUGACCGACGACAACACCCCCAACAACAAGUCCGGUCGCCUGCUGACAAACGUGGAGAUUGAGGAUGCGAUCGCAGAGGCGCUGAGCGUGGACAAGAUCACACGUCCUGUGACGGAAAUCAUCGCUCACAACAUCGAGAACGAUGGCGGCAUCAGCACCAUCGUCCAGAACAUGAUUGAUGCCAGCUCCCCAACAAGCGAUACACUCUCGGACUUCUUGACGGCCACCGCUGCUGCGGUUGAUGAAGGCGACGUCUCUGUCCUCAAAGUGCUCCGAGAUGAGGCGACCGCACUUGAGACGCGACUCUCAGGCGACGUUACUGAUGCGACCAACGCUGCAGCUCGCUGCCUCACAACUUGCCCUGCAGGCCAGUACGUGAGUGCAUGGUGCACAGAAACCCAAGCCAACCAGUGCUCGCCUUGCCCCGAUGGCUUCUACAAUGAUGGCAACAACCUGGACGGCUCAUGCAAGCCCUGCGCUUGCUCAAGCGGCAUUGUCACACAGUGCCGCAAAGAUUCUCCCCCAACAUGCGAGCGUGCGAUUCAAGUGCUUGGCUGGGACAACAAUGGCUGCGGAGCAAACCAGUGGUAUGUGGACGGCAAUGGCGACAACCCCUUUGGCGCCGGAUGCUGGUCUUCCACGACCCACUCUGGCACGUACUUGCGGGCCGACAACGGUGACAAGGACAAUUUCAACGUCUACGCUCGCUCGCGCGUGAAGCUGGUUGCCGGGACUUACCGCUUCUUCUGCCAUGUGGAUGACAAGUGCUGGAUCCGUUAUCGCAAAUAUGGAACCAACGACGGGAUGACUACGAUCAUUGACGGAGGCGGCCAGUGCUGCAUUAGCCGAGAAGCGACGGUUUCCCUUGACGCCGGAGAGUAUGAAAUGGAGUUCCAAGCGUUUGAAGAAGUGGUUGGCUUCCUCAUGGAGUUUUACUUCGACGCCACGUUCACGCCAGUCCCAACGGUCUGAGCAAAGCGCAUUUGCUGCGAAAUGAGCUGUGAACUUGCCAUGUGUUGUAUCACAUCCAUGGUAGCCCACAGCAAGGACCUCAUUGCCAACCCGCCGUCCGUGCCCGUGCUUUCAUUUUGUUUGUUUCAUCCAUUCAUGCUUUUGUUGUGCCACGUGGUGGGUUGUCGAGAGAGUUGCGGUACUGCACCCAUGGUUUGGCACCGUUCGCAGUCGCUAUCUGCUUUGAUGUGAUCGUGUACGUUUGGCACACUACGCGUUAUGCAUGCUUUCAACCUGUUUCGUCCUGGCCAGUCCUGUAGUUUAUGGUUCUCUUUCUCCCUCUCUCUGUCCCCCCGUUCCCCAACCGUCCUGCAUGCCCAUCUUGGGGGUUGUCAUGUCAUGUCAUGUCAAGUUUCGCGUCUGGAUGAGCCCCGCUUCAGUGCCACUUGUUGCUUGGCAUCUUCACUGACCACUCAUGACCCCACCCCCCUUGGUUCAAGUUGCCAUGGUUGUGGCACACACUUCUCAACCUAUCUUCACAGACUUGCGCUGAUAAAACCGGUUUACACGAACAUAA